CGAUACUUGGUACACACUCUAAUGAUAUCAUAAUAUUUAUAAUAUGUAAAUAUUCAAAUGAAAUUUAUCUAUAAAUUGUUCAUUCCAUCAGCGCCAACUUGUUUAUAUUUUUCUGCCAAAAAGUACACGCGACUUGAAAAUUAAUUUUAUAUAAAAAAAAACCUAACUGGCAGAAAAAAAUAACAAGUACCUACUUAGAGUUUAACGAACUGAACCAUUUGGAUAAAACCCUGAGAAAACGAUGCAGAGGAUUUAUUAACAUACCCGACAGCCAAGUGAACAGAUCAAAGAAAUGUUUUUCACGUCAACUUUCAUCACCUACGCAGUGAUUUUUUUCGUCACUCUCUUCGCCGCCCUUUACCUGUAUUUCGAGAAAAAACACAAAUACUGGCAACAGCGCGGCGUCUACUCGCCCGAAGGGCCGAAAUUCCUCUUGAGCCACUUCUCAGACGUCGUUUUUCUAAAAUCUACGCCCGCCAAAUGGAUGAAAAAAUUUUACGACCAGAUAAAUAAGGAUUUCUUCGGCUUGUACAUCUUCGGUGAACCCUUCCUGAUCGUCAAGGACUCGCAGUUGAUCAAGCGGGUGCUGGUCAAGGAUUUCAUCUAUUUCGCCGACAGAUUCGUCGCACCAGGCGACCACGAUCCCUACCAUCCUUACAUCCUGUUCUUCCAGAAGGGUUUCCCUUGGAAGCACAACAGGGCCAGCAUCACGCCGGCCCUGACCAGCGGCAAAUUGAAGUCCAUGUUUCCGCUCUUCGUGCAAGCCUCGGACUCCAUGGUGGACUAUUUGGAGAAGAACCAGGUGGUCUUGGAGGCCAAGGAAUUAGGCGCUAGGUACGCCACUGAGGCCAUAUCGUUGACUUCCUUCGGGAUAAAAGCGUUCAGUUUCGAGCCGGUCGAUUCGGCAUUCACGAUCAACAGAAGGAAAUUGUUCAGGGUAACGCCCAAGAACGCGUUCGCCCAAUUGUUGUACCUAUUCAAGCCCGAUUGGGUGCCGAUACUCCGGCCCAAUUUCUUCGACAUAGAGGCGCUGGAUUAUUUUUCCAGCGUGUUUAUGGAAUCGAUGAAGAUGCGCACGACGAAAAAUCCGCUCUACAGCGAUUUGAUCGAUAUCGCUAAGGAGUUGAGGAAUAACGGCGGUACUUUGGACGAUAAGCAAUUCAACGGACACGCUUUCCAGUUUUUUAUAGCAGGUUACGAGACUACCAGCGCUACUAUUUCGUUUGCUCUGUACUCCUUCGCUUUAUAUCCUCAUAUACAAGAAGCGGUAAGGAAGGAAUGCAACGAAGCGAUUGAGAAAUACGGUGGAUUAACUUACGAAGCCGUACAUGACCUGCCGUAUUUGGAUAUGUGCGUAAACGAAACGUUGAGGAUGUACCCGGUGAUUCCGUUCCUGCAAAGAGUGUGCGUUCAAGAUUACAAAAUACCGAAUAGUGAUUGUGUUAUUGAGAAAAACACGUGCCUUUUUAUUCCCAUGUACGCUCUGCACAUGGACGAGAAAUAUUUUCCAGACCCCCAUAAAUUCGAUCCGGAAAGAUUCAGGAACAGAUUGGACCAGAGCAACAGUAUCUGUUUCCUUCCGUUCGGGGAAGGACCAAGGAAUUGCAUGGGUGAACGAAUGGGUAGAAUGAGCACCAAAUUGGCUCUAAUAUCUAUAAUCAGGAAUUUCGAAGUGACCAAAUGCUCUAAAACACCGGUGCCCGUUGUUUUUGAGCCGAAAACCUUUGUGCUACAGUCCAACGUUGGAUUGCCGAUAAAGUUCUCAAAACUUGUUAAAUAACGCGCACUUUAAAUUGUAUAAUGCGUUAUGGUAUAACGCAAAAACCAAAACAAUGACCUUGGCCAAAAUACUCUUAUCUAACGAUAUCAACAAUUAAAAUUUGUUUUGAUUUUUUUGUCAUACAGGGCGAAUCGGGACAUAUAAUUUAUUCAAAAGAAAUAAUAUAUAUUUAGCACUUUUAUUGUGCAAUUAUUGGUGGUUAUUGGAGCCAAAAUCAGAUUGCUAAAUCAACAGGCUGGCAAUUUUAAUUAUUGUCACAUUUAUUUGAUAAGUUCUUCCAUAUUCAUCCUGUAUAUUCCUUGAUAAGGAACUUGUUUGAAUCAUUCAAUUAAAAUAAAUAAUUGUACUCGUAAAUCUGUCAAUGAAUUUGUUUUGAUCGGUUGUACUAUGUAAUAGUUGUGAUUGGAAAUAAAAAUAAUGGUAAGAAAAUGAGUUGUACCUACAAUAAAACAAUUGAAAUUGAAAAAAAAUGGCCAGUACCCACAAUAAAUAAUAAUAAAAAACGAUUAAAAUACUCGAGAAAGUUUUUAUUGCAGGGGCAUAAGUUGAAAAAAUUGCUGAAU